UUGCUUAUAUUGAUUUGUCCUGUUUCAGGACUGUACGGAAAGAAUAUAUCACUGCGAAGUAUGUAGAUCAUAGGUUUUCAAGGAAGGCCUGUUCAUCUUCAUCAGCUAAACUGAAUGAAUUGCUCGAGGCCAUCAAAUCCAGGGAUUUACUUGCACUAAUUCAAGUCUAUGCAGAGGGAGUGGAGCUGAUGGAACCACUGCUGGAAUCUGGACAGGAGCUUGGGGAGACAGCCCUGCAUCUUGCAGUCCGAACUGCAGACCAGACAUCUCUCCAUUUGGUUGACUUCCUUGUACAAAACUGUGGGAACCUGGACAAGCAGACGGCCCUGGGCAACACGGCCCUACACUACUGCAGUAUGUACAGUAAACCCGAGUGUUUGAAGCUGCUUCUCAGGAGCAAACCCACCGUGGGUGUCGUGAACCAGGCUGGGGAGACUGCCCUGGACAUAGCAAAGAGACUGAAAGCUACCCAGUGUGAAGAUCUGCUUUCCCAGGCUAAAUCUGGGAAGUUCAACCCACACGUCCACGUGGAAUAUGAAUGGAACCUGCGACAGGAGGAGAUGGAUGAGAGUGAUGACGACCUGGAUGACAAACCGAGCCCCAUCAAGAAAGAGCGCUCCCCGAGGCCUCAGAGCUUCUGCCACUCCUCCAGUAUCUCGCCCCAAGACAAGCUGUCGCUGCCGGGAUUCAGCACUCCGAGGGACAAACAGCGGCUCUCUUAUGGGGCCUUCACCAACCAGAUCUUCGUCUCCACAAGCACAGAUUCGCCCACGUCACCAACCACAGAGGCACCUCCACUGCCUCCUAGAAACGCCGGGAAAGGUCCAACUGGCCCACCUUCAACACUCCCUCUAAGCACCCAGACCUCUAGUGGCAGCUCCACCCUGUCCAAGAAGAGGCCUCCUCCCCCACCACCCGGACACAAGAGAACCCUAUCCGACCCUCCCAGCCCACUACCUCACGGGCCCCCAAACAAAGGCGCAGUUCCUUGGGGUAACGAUGUGGGUCCAUCAUCAUCAAGUAAGACCACAAACAAGUUUGAGGGACUGUCUCAGCAAUCAAGCACCAGCUCUGCAAAGACUGCCCUUGGUCCAAGAGUUCUUCCUAAACUACCUCAGAAAGCGAUUCUUAGCCCCACCGCCCCCACCCCUGUGGCCAUUGCCACUUUCUCACUGUCCCUCAGGAAGGAUCCUGAGCCAGCAUCAUCUCUCCUAACGCUCUUCCUCCUCUUCCGCACCGCUCCUGUGCCGGUUCUGCUCGCUUGA